CAUAAACAUAAAUAAUAUUCAACUUGGAAAAGGGCUGACGAAAGGCGACACAACUUGGAAGAAAUUUAACCCCUGUUCAAGUUCCUGGGAAAACUCCCUCUAAUUUUGAAAGCUUUCUAAGCGCACAGAAAUUCAGAGAGCCGCGGAAUCUGGAAAAUUAAGGAAAGGAGCCUUCGUGUUCGUGAUGACGCAUAUGUGAAUGGCGUAGUUGUGUUAUUUCGAUGUUCUUUGUGUUGCAAGGAUUUAAGCUCGAAUGGACAUUGGUUUUGCCGAAAUGGGGCUAAAAACAUGAAAUCCAAGUGGAAAGUGGGUAUCGUGAAUUAUUUUUCGAAACACAGAAGGGAGGGAAGAACUUUCCGCUUUCGCUGUAACGUUUUUUGUCUUAGGAAUCCGCCAAGACAUACUGUCAUAAGAAAGUAACGAACAAAAUAUGGCAGGUUUUCGGACGCAGUACACUCGAUUAAAUUCAAAUUCAGAUGAUCCUGAAGAGGACUUACCUCCACAAGGUUUCGAUAUCGGCACCCGGGGAGUUGAGGAAGUCGAGAAAGGUAAUCAUGCAUAUUUUUCAGGAUAUACGUAUUUGUACAUCCAAGCCCACCUCGAGGCGCAAUGUGGUUUGUUUACAUGUACAGUUGUCACAACUGUUGGUUUUAAGGCGGGAAGGACCUGCUGUCCAUACUCUGCACCAACUUUCUGAUGAAAGAAACUCGAAUGCAAACAUGAGUAUCUUGACAGCGUACUAUAGGUUUUCCAUGUGUGAUUUUUGGGACAGUUAAAACAGAUAUUAUUUGAGAAAAUCGAAGUAUAGUACUGUUAUUAAUCAAUAAUUGAAUGGGUGUCAGAAAUAGAAACAGAACUUCAGGCAAACCGCUCAACAUUAAUAAUCUCUUUAUUGUUGUACUUAUACUAAUUUGUUGUGAUCUUGGUAAGGUCUUUGUAAAUAAUUGUUAACUGCACCAUAGUUAUUGAUUGGAUUUUCAGACUGUUGAUAAUGGUAACAUCUUUUUUUCUCUAUAUAAUCUAUAGAAAGUCAAUUCUUAAGACAACCGCUCACCGCAAAGUUACAAAUAUUUUACCAACAUUUUGAUUAAUGGCAUCAUUAUGUUUCAUUUUUGCAGGGCGUUGGAAUCACAUUGAGAAUCUUGAUGAAUUCUUCAUAAGGAUAUCCUUUAUCUUAAAUGUCACAAUUAUCUUAUUAUAUUACUUUAUAUAGACCCACCCUUUCCAUAAAAAAACACUGAUUUAUUUUCUUUUGUGAGAAACCCAAGAUCUCUAAGAUUUACUGACCAAUUCAUGAAAUCAAAACCAAAAUAAACAAAACAGUGCAGAUUAUAAUCAUAAUUGAUCUGAUGUGAUAAACGGUAAAUCAAGUUUAUCAAAUGCAACUCCUAGAGUGCAAGACUUAGUAGGUAUAAUAGGAUUUUAACAAAAUACUUUUAGAGGCUUGAAGUUUCCUUAACUGGCCAUCGAGUUGUGUGCUACUCUAUUCAUACUUCAUUUUCUAAACAAUGUUUUGCCCAUCAGCUUUGAGUAGGAUGUUGGCCUUUCCUUAUUAAGCUCACUAGCAAGAGGCUAAUUAAUGACACUGUUAUUUACCCAUCAGGGACCCCCCUUAAAGUAAUUUUUGCUUAAAAAUACAAGAGCUGAUAAUAAAAAGUUAAAUUUGUUGUAAAAUAAUUUCUCUACCAUAGUAGAAACAAUUUGCAUGUACUUUAGUUAAAUCCUUAACAAUUUAUCACAUAUAUGAAUAUCACAGGAACAAUGGAUUUGUUUGUAUUCUCCUGAAGGAAGUCUUCGAAUUAAUGUGAGACACCUCUUUUUCAUAACUUUUUCAAUUUGAAAAGCUUCUUCAUGUGAUAGUGUGGAUCCAAGCUAUAAAACUUUAAAUUUUGAUUGAGUUUACUGUUUAGAAAGCCCAUUUUCCAAGGGAUCUCCUUCUCUUCUCUUAAUUUUUUUUUUUUUGGCUUUUCAUCGACCCUUAGGUUUAAUGUCAGUAAGUAACAACUUUAUUUAGAGAGGGUAACACAUGGCAGUAUGACUGAAAAACUGUGGUUGUUCUAUGGCUUGGAGAUGUAAAAGAGAGUAACUUUUUUGCUUUGAACGUACUGAUUGUGUCAUGCUUUGGAUUUUUUGUUUCUUGCAGUCAAUUUGUGUUUGUGGUUUUAUUUACCUCUUUCUUGGUGCUUUGUGUGGAUUAUAACACCUUGUUUAAUCACAAACAACCUUCCUUUUCAAAUGUGCUGUAUUUCCACAAAAUAGAACAGUAAGUCCAUAUAUUUCUCUGUCUAUUUAACUAUAUGUUCACACAAAGACAUCGCAAACUGAAACCUAAAUUAACUUUAACCAGUACAGUUUAAAAUAUUUAACAAAUGUUGUUGUUGUUUUCAUUUUUGAUUGAUAUUUGCCACUUCUUUUGAUCUAAUAAUACAAGAUCUAAGUACAAUAUGUGUCUUCUUUUGCAGCAUGGAGCCUGCAAUAAUGGCUUGUCUGGUCAUUGCUUUUAUUUUUUGGUUGAUACGUGUGGCUAGAAUUGUAAUUCAUUUCUUUAAGCUUCUGGAAAUCCGAGCAUUUUAUAAGGAUGCACUUAGAAUAUCAGAGGUGAGUUCAAUUAUAACCUGUUUCAAUUAAGUGAUAUCAGGUUUUGAAUGAUGUCAGAAUUAAAUUAAUUCAAACUUUCAAAUGUCUCAAUGUCUUUACAGAGUGAACUAACAAACCUACAGUGGCAAGAUGUUCAGAAACGAUUGAUAGAAGUGCAAAAAGUUCAUCAAAUGUGUGUUCAUAAGGAGGAAUUGUCAGAACUUGGUAUGUGUUUCCUUUUCUUUAGAGCAAUGCCAGGAGACAUUGGCUUGCUUACUUUAUAUGUUAAGUUUAUGGUAUGGAUAAAUAUUUUAAACAAUAGACUGCCAUUUCAAUUAAGGUGUUAUAAUUUAUUAUAAUAUAGCCUUAUGCAUUAAAAACUGUGGAAGAAUGGGAACCCCAACCCUAAUUUGCAAGUGUUCUUUCAACAGUGGAAGAUGUCUCCUUCAUGUUUGUCUUCAGGCUCUUUUGCCCUCCCUUUCUCCCCCCCCCCCCCCUCAAAAAAAAAGAAAAAGAAAAAGCAAAGAGAUAAAUGCCCUCCAGAAAAUUUCUAACUGGGACAGAUUCUCCUUUGUAAAAGAAACAGUAGAUCAAGCACUGCUAGUAAAUCAUUAGAUAAAGCAGCCUUUCUUUUUGUUAGAGAAAAGACAUUUUUUUGUCCAAUUGGAUCUAAAAUAUGAAUUUUUUGGUGAGUUAAUUGGUAUGCAGUAAGAUAUUGUGCCUCACUUUAAUAUUAUUUUAUUAGAUAUCCAUCACCGAAUUCUGAGAUGGAAAAACUACCUGCUAGCAAUGCAAAACAAGUCAGUUAUUUCUUGUACAUACAACUUUCCAUUUGUUGGGGAAAGGUGAGUAAUGUGCAGCCUUUAAAAAAAAAAUUCAUAAAUAGGUUCUUCAGACUGCCUUUAUGUUUUUUAUUGACAUGACAUGACUUGUUUUCCUCACCCACUGUUUUCAUUGGUACCCAGGGCCUUUUUGACAGAGGGUAUGAAGUACAAUCUGAAAAUGAUUUUAUUCUGGGGACCAGGAAGUCCUUUUCAAAACAACUGGAAGCUAAGAGAUGAAUUCAGGAACCCAGCAAACAGGUUGGUGACAAGCUGAGUUGCUGGAACUGUUAUCAACAGUACUUCAAUGUGGUCCCUCCAAGAAAUAAUUGAAACCUCGUUUCCCUCAAUUUUUUGUCCAGAAUAUCCUGUUAACUGUUACUAAGCAGGCAGCUCAGUUACACAAGAUUGACUGAAUUGUUUUUGGUUUAUUUUUGGUUUGGAACAGAAAAUAUUUUCAGUUACAAUAACAAUGCAUAUAGAUGUCAUCUACAGGUGACAAACACACCAAAAUACAAACUUGUUACAAAUUAGAUUUGCACUGAAUAUUUGAUGAUGGGAUGUGUUGUCUUCUUUCUUGUAGGUUUCCCCUGGCAAGUCGGUAAGUGGAAGAAGAAAACUUGAAACAAUUGAUGGAAACCCCCAUAAAUUUGUGGAACACGACGUUAAUUUCAAGCUGUAUGCUUACCAGUGUUGUAGUUCGUCUUAGUUCCGCACAUCUCGUACCGUUGAGACUGAAGUAUUUUCUUCAGAAGUCUUAAACCUCCUUGUGGAUCAGGAGCCCCUUCUUUAAAAACGACCAUUCAAAUUGCCCACCUUAAACCAGUUUCGUUUUGUUUUUUUAAGUGUUUUCAUUCUUGAAAUCUUUCAAUCAAUGACUUUCUAAUAAAGACACAUUUUUGGUAGUGCCUUAACAACCUAAAGUAUUUUGGUAUUUUCAUUACCCGCAUUUUAGGUUGGCAAGACGUAUUUUCUGGAUUGGAAUAGCAAACUUUGUACUUUCCCCUUUCAUCUUUAUCUGGGUUAUUUUAUAUUCCUUCUUUACUUAUGCUGAGGUAAGAUCAAGUUAUGCUAAAAGAGUCACAAUGUAAAAUAUUGGUUUGUAAAUUAAGAAUCUUUUUAACUAGCCUGGAAAUCUCUACUUUAGUGUUCGCGGUUUUGGGCAAGCUGCUGUCUGAGUUUGCCGGUUGCUCCUUCUUUUGGCAUCAUUUUAUUGUAGCAAUGUAUUUAUUGUGUACCAUGGUCUUGCGUAUUCCAGUUUUGACACAAUUAUUGACUUGAAUUGUUUCUUUAAUCUGAAGAUGGUGAAAAGGGAACCUGAUACGUUUGGUGCCCGCAGAUGGUAAGAAGUACAGAUUGCAGCUUUAAUUGAAAGGCAUCGAUUUAUUUAAGAACGAGGAACGUUAAAAAUAAACUGUGCUGUCAAGUUAGUGUGCAUGUUAGUGUGCAUGUUCAUGUUUCCUUCCAGCCCAGUUACAUUUGCUUGCGCCACUAGUAACUGGGAAGGAUUGCUGAAAAGAAUAGAUAGCUUCUCCUUUUCAAAAUUUCGCUACUAAGAGCCGAGUGGACAGGAGAGAGCUUCAGGAAUCAAUCGAGUUUUAUUUCUCAAUUGAUAAAAUAUAUUACGCUGUAUUUCCAUUUCAGGUCAUCUUACGGCAAGCUGUUUUUUCGACAUUUUAAUGAAUUGGACCACGAGAUACAGACGAGGUAACUGUAAGAGAACGAUACACCUUGAAUGGUUUUACACAGCAGUUUGUAAUAAUUUUAUUUCCAUUACGGCGAGGCACAUUUAACCUAGGAAGAGAAAAUAAGACAACGGUAACAAGAUCUAUGGGUUUUCUCACUGAGAAAUUAAAUUUCAACACUCCACCCCUAGACUUGCGUUUACAAGAGACGUCAAGGUGAGGUAGCAAGACAGAAGAACAUGUCUAACAUCAAAAAUACUUAGAUACUAACUUUGUUCGUGCUCUCUAGGUUAAGUAAGGCUUACGAACCAGCGUCCAAGUAUAUGAAUCUUUUCGUGUCACCUUUUAUGGCCAUCAUAGCCAAGUAAGUCUUUCGAAUUUUAUGUUUAACCCCAAGCCUACAGUUCGAAUACCAUUUUUACCUUGUUUGAAACCGUUCAUUCAAUCUGGUAGGAACAUGGCAUUUUUCGCUGGCGCGAUUUUUGCCAUAUUGACCAUAUUUACUGUCCUGGACAAGGAUGUUCUUUUGGCGGAACAUGUGCUGACUGUUAUAGCAACACUAGGUAAGCAACUUUCAUUUCGAUGCAAUUGAGUCACUUUAUUAACGUUGACUCUUCAGUUUCCGUUGCAUAGCGACCGGAAAUGUCUUACAGCCAAUUGACGUACUUUUAUACUCUCGGCCUGGCUCCAGAAAGGCACCGUCUUUAAUUUCAGCUAUCCAUACAAAAGUUUGAGAGUUUUUACAAACAUUCUGUUGCCUUGAUUUUCCUUUUUUUCAGGAUUACUGAUAAGAGGAUGUUACGUUUUUAUCCCUGACGAGGUUGGUAUAUGAUUCAUUUCUUAGGCCAUUAACUUAAUAUGCUCAACGUUCUAUUUUUCUUUUGUUCAUGAGUGGUUUACAAAAUUUUGGACCAAGUUAGCCUCAAGUUAGAAAAUUAUAAAUCAAUUAACAGUCAACGUCUGUUAAAAAAGUUGUAGCUACUUCAACACUUCAGAUCUGUUACCAAUCAGAAGUUAACUCGAAACCAAACACAUGCUAAGCGCGGGAAACACGUAACCGGCUCGGAACGAUGAAGUUUUCAACUGAGGUUUUCAUCAGUAACAGUAAUCAUUAAUAUACACUUACUCCACAAUAUACCCAAGCAAAAUGGAAAAAUAUGAAUUUUUUGCAUACCUUUGAUAUUGUUGCAGAACACUGUGUGGGACCCUGAACAACUGUUAAAACAAAUUGUGUCUCAUACUCAUUAUAUACCUGACUCGUGGAGAGGCAAGGCGCAUACCAGCGAGGUUUGUACAACGUUUUGUUUUUGCUUUAUAACGAUGCAAAGCUGAUAUAUCUUCUGGUUAUUCCGUAGUUCAGGGUUCUAAUUGUCUCACAGUCAGUCUGUUGAACUAUAUUUCAGGUGAGGCAAAAGUUUUCCCAGGUGUUCCAGUAUAAAGCGGUAAGUUACUGUAGUCGUCUGCAGGUUGCUGGCGCUUUCAUUAUCAUCCAGUUAAGAUGAUCCACUGACAUAAACGCACAGAAUUCUUCUUUGGGAAAAAGAAUGAUGUCGGGAAAUUUUUACAUUAUUCUUAAGAGGAAAAAGAACUUAACGUACUUUCUUCCUUACUUUCGUAAACUGAAGACAAUUGUGCGUGAGUUUUACUUUUAAAUACGUCAGACUUGUUCAAGUAACUAGUUAAUUUGCUGUCGUUGUCGUUGCAGGAAUAUGUACUUCAAGAGCUGUUAAGCCCUAUUGUUACACCGUUCCUUCUGUGUUUCCACUUGCGGUACAAGUCUCUGGAUAUUGUGGAUUUCUUUAGGAAUUUUACUGUUGAUGUUGUUGGUGUUGGAGAUGUUUGCUCGUUUGCUCAAAUGGAUGUUAAGAGACAUGGAAACCCAGAGGUGAAUAUUUGUCCAUAUUCUCACAGACUGGUUAACGAUCUUUGUUAUAUCUGAGAGAGUCUAUUCUAUUUUAUUGCUUGUAAAGCUGUGCUUAUUGUUUCUGUAAAAUUUCAGUGGCUUACCCAGGGAUUAACGGAAGCAACACAGUAUGAACAGGCCGAACAUGGCAAAACGGAACUGUCGCUUGUGCAAUUUUCAGUAAGUUUUUCUUGGUUUUUUUCGGGGAUUGUUUUGAACGUCAAUAUUUGUCGUUACAUUCAUCAACAAACUCUGUUCCUUGAUGUUGUUGUUUUGCAGAUAAGGAACCCUACAUGGAAGCCAUCAGAGCAAGGCACUCAGUUCAUUAGCACCAUUCGGGAAAACGGUUGGUGUGAAAAAAAUUCGCAAGUUUCAGAAUAGGUUUCAAGAAAAUGACUCAUGGUGUGGUGAUAGUUUCCAUCGAUAAGAAUUUGCAGAAUUUAUUCUAACUUUGUUCAUCAAGUAACAAUUUACUAGUGUGUCCGCUUCCCCUGCAUACUCGCAACCCACCCACCCACCCCCCCUCAGUUUGAUAGGAUAGAAAAUGAUAGAGAAGGAGGGUACAAUAGAAACACUAAGUCAGGCCGUUCACAUCAUAAGCAAGCCAGUCAGUGGCAGUGUUUUGAUUUGUUGUUCUUCAGUGUUUUAUUGUUAUACUAAACAGGUGUUGUAAAGUUAAACUUUUUUAAAUACGUAGUACUUAGUAUGAAAAUUCUUCUGAUGUUUUCACUGCAGCGGUCCAAGAAGGUCUCAACCUGAGCUGCAGCGGUGUAAUGUCGGACGCCAACUCACUUCCAGAUUUAAGAUCAGGCAGUGUAAGUGCUGUUUUGCUUUUGACAAACCAUGAUCAAGUGUUACAUCAUUACGUACGUAUUCAUGAAGAGUUUUUUUUUUUCUCUCACUGUUUACACAGUUUCAAGCGCUACCAUAUAUGAACUCCAUGACCCUCAGCGAUCCGUCCCUCAUUCCUCUAGGGAGUGCUGCUGUCACACCAAAACAGCAGGCCCAAGCAAGAGAAAUGCUCAUGAACUCUAGCAUGAUGUACAUGCAUCAGGUAAAGAGAAUUUACUCGCAGAUUGGUUUAAAAAAAAAAAAAAAAAAAAAAAAACCUAAGAUUUGGUAGUGACAUGCUUUGAGAGUGCGUGGUGUCUUUGUGUCACUGAUCCCGUUUCCUCGAUGACCUCUCAACCUUAAAAUUCUUUCACUUUCAAAUAAGACACUCGAAUUCCCUUAUACGAAUUUUAGGGUGGCGUCAUGUUCUGUCGCCUAUAGCAUGGCGAUUAAAAUGUACUUUAAAUAAAUACAGUUAUGCUAAUUUAACACGAAUUUCUCACCUGCUUCAGCUGCGAGAUCGUCAAGCUGAUCAACCGCCCGGCGAGGCAGCUCGUGUUGCCUCCUUGACGUCAGCAGACAGACAACAACCGGGGACAUCUGGGCAGCAUUUUGCAGAAGACAGCAAAACUGAACAAAUUAGG